CCAAUUCCCGGCCGGGCAGGGGAACCCGGUGCGGCGGUACCGAGCCCGGGCGGAGCGUGCAUCAAGCGGACCGUCCCCCCAUGGGCGGCCUUCCGGUGCCCGGCUCCAUGGACGCCAACCUGCGGUUCUGGCGGUCGGAGGGGCAGUCUUUUUUCCAGAGGUUCCUUCUCUGGGCGGACGUUUUGGAUCCCUUGCUGCUCCUCAAGUCCUCCGAGGAAAUAAGAAGAACCAGGUUAUUAAUACAAAACAGUGAGAAGACACUAAAUGAACCCAUACGAGAUGCUCAGACAAAACAAGCAUUCCUGCUAAGCCUGUCCAGUGUCCACCCUGAUACAAACAAGAUAAUUCCUGUUUUGUUAAGGCCUCCAGCCUUCCUGCCCAUAACACUUCCACUGGUUGUUGUUUCAUCACUUCAGCGCCACGCAACGCAGACAUUUUUUUGCCAGUUUGUGUUUCACACAUAUAACACAGCAUUCACCCUCUUCAAUGGAAAUGGUACUGUAAAGGCUGAGGAGUACUCAGUCCAACAAAAGCAGAUCCUGUUUGGCUUGGGAGCCAUCUCCUAUGCAGCAUGUAUUGGUGCUCUUCCUGUUGGCUUCAUGAAUCGCCAUGGAGUGAACAAUCCACUCCUGCAGCUCCUGGUCAAACAGAUUCUACCUGCUCCUCUUUUUGGCCUGAUGAGUGCUUUUACUGUGGCAGUGGUGAGAAUCCCAGAGUUUGAGAAUGGAAUUGAAGUGAUGGACAGGAAUGGAAAGGUUGUAGGAGUGUCACAAAAGGCUGGUGAGAAGGCUGUCAGAGAAACAGCAUUGUCCAGGGCAGUCUUGUUUGGGACAACACUCUUCCUGACACCUGUGCUCACACACUUUGUGCAAAGAACAAACUUUGCCAAAACUCCGCGUGCUUUGGCUUCAGUGAGAAUGCUUAUGAUGACAUCAGUACUAGCAGGGAUGCUACCAGUAUCACUCAGCAUGUUCCCACAGUGUGGGGAGAUAAAACGAGCAGACCUUGAACAGGAAAUCCUGUCAGCUACAGAAGAACCAGAGUUAUUCUACAACAGGGGAUUUUAGAGGUUGGCUUUCAUAUACAAAUGUGUGCUCUGGUUGAAGGGAAUUCUGAAUGCAGCAACAACUCCAGGUGGCACACAUGGCUGACAGAAUCCUGACCUCCUGGUGGCACAGGUAGCAGAUCUGGUGUGCAGUGGGGUGGUUUGUGAAGGGACAGGCUUUGCAAAAUGAUUUUGCAGGGCCCAGCCCACAGGCAGAUGUCUACAUUUAAUGCUGUAAUAAUGAUAUUUGUAGCAGAAAGCACUGUGACACAGCAGUUGUCACACCCUGUGUUCUCUAUGUGAUUGAUUUCUUAAUUAAAAGAUUACUGAACGCAAAAGUUUGUGCUGCUACUC